GGUAAGUUUUUUUUUUUUAUCCUCUUUUUACACAAACACUGGAUCUUCUCACUAUAACUAUAAAGGGUCAAAUAGUAUAAUAUUACUGGCAAUGUGUGAUGCCAGUUACAACUUUGUAUUAGUAGAUAUUGGUGCAGCUGGUAGAUGUAGCGAUGGUGGUGUAUUUUCAAGCUCAGAAAUGGGCAAAAGUUUUAUUAACAAUAUAUUAAAUGUACCUACUGAAAAAGAAAUAGGUCAAUAUGGUCUAAUUCCAUUUUAUGCAGUAGCUGACGAAGCAUUUCCUCUGCUAAAGAACCUAAUACGCCCUUUCCCAGGAAGAGGUAAAAGAAAAUUACCAUUAGAUGAAUCAAUUUUCAACUAUAGGCUAUCCAGAAGUAGACGUACCAUUGAGAAUACGUUUGGUAUUAUGGCAUCUAAAUGGCGUAUUUUAAGAAGGCCUAUAAUUGCUGGAGAAAAAACCGUGAAUGCAAUUACAAAAGCUGUUGUUGUAUUGCAUAACUUUGUAAAAAUGUCAGAAAAAAUGCUAAAGUUCGAUAUUACAGUAGCCCAUUAGAUGUUGAACUUAUUCAAAGGGAACAAUGGAGGUCACAAGAAAUGGGAGCUUUAGCCAGCGUCCAUCAAUUAGGAACCAAUACUUAA